GUCGCUGCAGCCCGGGCUGGAGCGGGGAGCCCGGGGCCAGGUGCGACCCGGCCCCGCCGCGCCCACCGGCCGCGACGCCCUAUAAACACCGGGGCGCGACGGGGCCGGGGCGCCGGAACCUCCGCAGCGGGCGGGAGCGGCCCAGGAUUUGAUUUCAUAUAGAUGUGAAGCUCCUAAACCAGAAACUCCUGUUUCCAAGGGCACCCCAGGAGAUGAGGUUUUUAGGCUGUCACAGGAAGAACACACACUCCUAAGACGUGAAAACCAGGCUCUGGGACACCCACAAGGGCUGCUUGGCUGAGGACAACAGGAUCAGGACGCUCCCCCGAUGGACUGCGGGCGCCUGGCAGAGAGCAGCGAGGAGCUGGGCAGCCCGGGGGCCGGGGCCGAGGCCGCGCCGCCGCGCUCGGGCGGCAGCAGCUCGGCGGCCCCCCCCGCCGCCGCCAACGCCGCCCGCGAGCGCAGCCGCGUGCAGACCCUGCGCCACGCCUUCCUGGAGCUGCAGAGGACGCUGCCCUCCGUGCCGCCCGACACCAAGCUCUCCAAGCUGGACGUGCUCCUCCUGGCCACCACCUACAUCGCGCACCUCACCCGCAGCCUGCAGGAUGAGGAGGAGCCGCCGGGAGAGGGCCUGGGCACACUCCGCGGGGAUGGGUACCUCCACCCGGUCAAGAAGUGGCCCAUGCGUUCCAGGCUGUACAUUGGAGCCACGGGACAGUUUCUGACUCACUCAGCACAAGGAGACAGCACAAACCGUGGGGAAACAUCAACAUCUUCACAGAUCUGACCUCCCUUCUUGCUUUGAAAAAAAUGGUUAUUUAUUACACCUUAUAUAAAUAUAUAUUUAAGUUAAAAAAUCAGUAUCUACAGACAAACUGUAAUUCCUGAAAUGCUGUUUGUGAGGAAAAGAAAUUGAUUCUUAAAUGUAAUUAAUACCUCAUUAAGUUAACGUGACACAUCAAUGGUUUCUAUCACUGCUGCGAUCUGAAUGAGGGGGAGUGGGAGGUGGUGACUGCAGCCAGCAGAGUGAAGUAUCCCUGUCCUCUCUGGGACAAGCCCUGUAAGAAAAGAGAGGAGGAGUUAUGUGCUAAAGGCCAAGUACAGGGCAAAACAGGCUUAGGUGAAAAGAGAAGGGCAAGGCUAAAAAUAGCAACUGUAAUCCCACACAGACUUUCUCCACUGCUUAAAGCCGAUGGCAGAAAUGCCCUGAUUAAAGCUGUCAGGCCAGGGCUCCAGCCAUCGGAUAGUCCUACACUUUUGUAGCUAUUGCUGGGAAUAUGGAUGCAUGUUCAUGGAGUAAAAAUGUGCUCAGAGAGCUGUCCCCCCUGCACAGAGUGCUGCUCAAUUUGGGCACUGCUUGUACCCACCCGCAGGACCGAGCUGCAUGUCACGGGCUCAGCCUGUGUUUGCUCCCUGGCACAGCCACGUGUCUGCUCACCACACCAUGGCCCAUUUCAUUAAAGGGGUUCACGUGUUGGAGCAGGGGAACCCAAAGUGUUGGCUUGUUCACUUAAACAUCUCUAUUUAGGCAAAGAUGCUGAAACUAAAUGCACAAAUGUCAUCUGUUAUAUCUGUUCUGUAAAACACUGUACUUCUCAUAUGGUUUGUUAUUGCUGAGGUAAAUGUUCUAUUAAAUAUUAUUCAGUGAAUAUUA